CCCCAAGCCGCGUGGAGACCGAGCUCUCCUCAGGGAUGGAGGCCUCCGGUGCUCUUCGGCCCUGGACCUCCCGGCGCUCUGCAAAGGGGACAGCGCCAUCGUCCCCAUUGUAUGGAUGGGGAAACUGAGGCACGGAGCGGGGAAAGUGACUUGGCCAUGGCCGCCCCGCCGGCCGGUGGCAGAGCUCUCCGGAGUCCCCGUUUGCGGCUGUAGGCACCAGGCCAGGCUGCCUCAUUGCAACACACAGCCCCAGUGAGAAAUGUUAACUUGCUGUGUUUAAAAUCAGCAUCCAGGAAGGGGGACUCUCAGCCCCAUGUAGUGAAAACUGGCCACACGUGUUGCCUAUUGGUUAGAGCACUGGACUGGGAUUCAGAAGACCACUGGACUGCUCAGGGAUCUUGGGCAAAUAACUUUGCCUUUUUGUGCCUCAGUUUCCCCAUCUGUGAAAAGGGGAUCGUGUUACUGACGUUCUUUAUAAAGGGCUUUGAGCCCUAUGGAUGAGAAGUACAAUAUCAGAGCUAGAUACUAUUGUUAUAAAUAAGUUGAGCAAUGCUCAUUGCAGUUGCCCCUGAGGUGAAAUUAGUGGCUUGUACUUGCUACCCAGUAGGCAGCAGUCUUCUUGGCAUAUGUCAGCUCUGAGGCACGUGACCAGGAUUCAUCACCGAAUUUGAAGGGUAGGAAAUUAUAGAAGGUCAUGAAUGCUCCUAACGGAAGAAAGAAAACUCUGUUUAACCAUCUAUAAAUGCUGCUUCUGGGAAUGAAAUCCAUCGAGCUAUUAACCAGAAAAUCUGGGAGACUAAAAAUGCUGUUGACAGAACAUUUUUGCAAAAAUCAAGUCCCAUAUGUGCACCUGUGUAUCUCCUCCUACCUUUGUAGCAAGAAGAAAAAAGAAAAUGGUUAUGAGCAAGUUGACCAAGAAAGAUACAUGAACUUGGUCCGUUCUGUCACAUCUUCCAAAGCCAGCCCUCAGACACCGGAAACAUUGUUUGAAGAAGAUAAUCUGAUAUACGGACCAGUGAAUAAGUUUAAGUCUCCAGUUAAGGAUGUUGAAGCAAAAUUUCCAAAAAAUUGGGUCCCUCUGAUAAACUCCAGUAAAAGAACUUUGCCUCCAAACAGUGACCGAAAGCACCUGCUGCAAAUCGGUUUACAAAGGCACAAGGUGCCCAGUGUGACAAGUGUUCUUCAGCAGACCAUGCCUUUGGACCAGGCAUUCUACCUGAAGAGGUGGAAGCAGCGGAUGAUUCUGGAACUUGGAAAAGAUGGGUUUGCAGAAUAUACCAAAAAUCUCUUCCUUCAAGGAAAACUAUUCCAUGCAGCUUUGGAAUCUGUCUUUUUGUCUGAAGAGGUUCCGUUGAAGGAGCAGGAAAAAGAUACCACUGUCUCUGGCUACUUAGCAAGUGUGCAGCAUGUCCUGAGAGACAUCAGUGGAGUAAAAGCUCUUGAAAGUGCAGUUCAUCAUGAGACUCUUCACUAUUCAGGCCUUGUAGAUUGUGUGGCUGAGUAUCGAGGCCAGUUAUGUGUGAUUGACUGGAAGACUUCAGAGAAAUCAAAGCCGUAUCUCCGGAACACAUUUGACAACCCACUACAGGUUGCAGCAUAUACCGGAGCCAUAAACCAUGAUGCUAAUUAUGACUUCCAGGUUAAUUGUGGCCUCAUUGUGGUUUCUUAUAAAGAUGGCUCCCCUGCACAUCCACAUUUCAUGGACUCGGAUCUGUGCUCUCAGUAUUGGAACAAAUGGCUCCUGCGCCUUGAAGAAUACACAGAGAAGGAAAAAAACAAUAAUGCAAUUGAGACAAGUUAGAGGGGUGUGGUCCACAGAAACGAAGCAGGAAGUCCUGAAUUUUAAUCUAGUCUCCGAUACUGACCCUCUUUGACCUUGGACAAAUCACUUAAUAUCUCUGCCUCAGUGUCCCAAUUGGAUCUAAUAGUUGCCUACCUUACAGAGGUGCAAAGAGGAUUUAAUGGGCCAACUUACAUUGGGCUGAUAUUUACAUUUUACAGCAAGCUUUUAUAAAACCUGAAAUCAAUAGAAGUGUUCCCACAAUUAAAGAAAAAAUCCAGUUAAAAGUUUAUGUAACUAAAGUAUCGCACUCUUGCUGAACUGACAACAAGAAAGUGAAAUUGACUCUGAAUGAAAGCAAAACUUGCAUUGUCAGAGCUGAGUGAAAUGCAAACAAUAGAGAGCAUAAGUAGGGACAAGUAGACUGGAUUUUAAACAUUUCAGCUCUUGUUAAUCUCUCAUCUGUUUACAAGAUGUGAUUUUUAUGUUGACAGUGUCCCUUUGAAGCCGGAAAAACUGCAAGUGCUAAGAAUUCUAACUAAACCUGCAUUAAGCAAUCACUCAGGAUGUUAAGACAAAUUGGUUGCUUUAGCAGAAGUGGCCCCCAGAAGAGGAGCAGAAAUGUCAUUGGCAUAGCUGAAGACUACCCGUAAGAGCCCCUAAGCCAAGAGUGGACUCUCUCUCAUGCAGGUUUCUCUGCCUUAGUACAAAGCUGGGUCUCUCCCAUAAAGCAAAGUAAGAAUGACACUGAGGCUUUGUACCUUAGGCCCCAGUUGGGCAAUAAGUCCCAUGCAAAGACUCUUGUGCCAACACAGCUCCACUGAUUUCACUGGGGUGUAGCAUAGAUUAAGGAGGCCCACCCAUGCAGAACUAACUGCAGGAUCAGAACCUUGGGAUGUAUAUUGAUGACAGUAUAUUUUUCAGAAGCCUUAUGUUGUGAUUUUGAAAUUUAAGAACUGAACGUUGAUGCCAGUUCUUAAAUAAACAAGUAAAAACGGCAACCAUAUCCUUCACGGACUACAAAGGUAUCUUGCUUUCUGUUGAGUAUGUUAAGUUGACUAAACAACAAGUUUUCCAAUUAAUAAUUAGUCCUAAAAUACAGCAGUCGCAUUUGAGACUCAUUUCAUAAAAACGAGGUUGUAAGAAGAGACGGUAACAAGAUAGCAUUGUAAAUGUUGAAUAAACACUGAGCGUUUCUUA